UAACGAUUAAAAUAAUCAAUAAUAACAGAACACACAUUUGCUCGACGUGCAGUCAAUAUUGAUUAUCAAUCAAGAAAAAUCUGGUAUUAUCCAUAUCAAUAGACGACGUUACUGGUAAAACUGGAUGAGCAACCCUGCAAUCAAUCCCAGAGGAGACAUCCUUAUUUCUCGGGUGUUCUGUUACCAUGCUCCUCUAAUUGGGUGUGAAUUUAUAAAAAGCAGCGCACUUUCAUCGCACGCAUCAAUAGUCGCCAGUAUCAGUUCGAGGAACAUUCUCGCCAUUCUCACCCGGAGAAAUAUAUGCACCGUUAAAUUGCCAAUCAGGCAAAUUGAAUCGAAGCCGCUCAUUAGCUUUUUUACUAAAUUCAAAUGUGCGCUAUGGGGCAGAGCUCAGCAGCAGCAGCGGUGCAAUUAAACAAUACAAGUGUGUCGUACUCAACUUUUACGGCUUAAGGGACGAUGCACACUCGGAAGUUAACAGCUCAUGUGAAAAUAAAACAACUAUAACUGCGCCUCUAUAACGGCGGCAGCAGUAACAAGCGAAACGAAUUGCAACAAUCCUGUUCGGAGGCACGUGAAAAUAAUGCUGUGCAGUGCAGUUGCAAUUUCAAUGGGAAACAAAGUGCAUCCAAUUUCAGAUUGGUGAAAAUAAGGAUAUGAAAACAAUCCCGGAUCUCUGUGCUACUCUGCUGCUGGCAGCAACCAUCUAUAACGUUGUUGCUGCAGGAAGCCCGAAAUGUAUUGCUAAGUUCGAUAAUGGAAUUGGUGCAGGUGUUCUGAGGGAAACGUUUUCGAAAAAGUUAUACUGUGCAUACCUGGGAAUUCCGUACGCUAAACCGCCAGUAGGAGAGUUGCGAUUCGAGAAUCCUGUGCCAUAUUAUUUCUACGGUUCGGCAACCUUCGAAAACGUGUCAUAUCCAUGCAAGCAGCACACCAUUGCUUGGCACAAGCUCGGCAACGAAGAUUGUCUGUAUUUGAACGUUUAUACCACGCACGUUAGAGUAAGCAAAAGGCCACGACCUUUAAUGCCAGUAUUAGUGUGGAUUCAUGGCGGGAGCUUCACCGAAGGUUCAUCAGAAACUGACAUCUUCGGUAGUGAGUUCAUAUUGGACGAGGAAAUCAUAGUCAUCACAUUCAACUACCGUUUAUCAUCGUUGGGAUUCUUUGGAAUAAAGGAUUUGCAUAUAGCUGCUAAUUUGGGACUCAAAGAUCAAACCGAAGUGUUGCGAUGGGUUCAGCGGAACAUCAGAAGAUUUGGUGGAAACUCCAACAGAGUUACCUUGAUGGGGUGGAGUUCAGGAUCUGCGUCUGCAACCUACCAUAUGUACGCUCGCUCCUCAAAAGGACUGUUUCGUCGGGUAAUUGCUAUGAGCGGAACAAUGACACAACCAUGGGCAUACAAUUUCAUAACUCAAUGGUGUAGCAACGAAUUUAUAAAACAAAUGGACGUAACUAACAAAGCACAACUUAAAGUAAAACCAGCAACAAUCCUGGUAUCUAAUGAUGGGCCAAAAUUCCACUAUUUAACGUUCUCUCAUUCAUGUUACAUGCCCAGUGCGGAUAAGGAUUACGCGCGAAAGCAUCCAUACGAUACCGUUCGUACGAUGAGGCCGCUCACCGAUGUGCCGCUUAUGGUUGGAAGCACGGCAGUAGAGCACGAGAAUUUAUACGACACCAGAAACUUCAGUAUGGAUCAAUUCAAUUAUCCAAAUAACAACGUCACCAUCUACGAGCGCAUCAGAGAUUAUCUCGAACAACUUCGCGGGAACCGUUCUUCACGGGUUUUCUAUCGAAAGCUGGGCUCGUAUGCCGACUACCAGUUCGGCGUACAAUAUUUCAUCGAGAAGGCAUCCCAGCAGUUUAAGUCACCGAUUUAUCGUUACCGUUUCUCGUUUGACGGACCAUUUGGCUACGCCAAGAACGUAUACUACAAAAAUGAGAUUCAUCCAAUGCCUGGUGCCAUGCACGGUGACGAUCUAGGAUAUCUCUUCACACCAUACAACUACCGGAAUAUUGUAGAAUCAAACAAAGUCAACGAGCCACUCGUCAAGCAAUCGCAAAAGGUUCUCCGUCGAAUGGUGCGCCUAUGGACAAACUUUGUCAAAUACGGAAACCCAACACCAGCUGGAAGCAGAACAACGUGGCCACAAUAUAACGAUCAAAAUCAAUCAAGUCAGUAUCUUAACAUCGGACAACAGCUUAAAGUGCGAAGGGAGGAGGUAUCCAAUAAAUAUUAUUACCAAAUGUGGAAAACUGUAUUCAACUGCUUGUAUUAUUUUGAAUGUGAUUUUUUGAAUGAAAUGAAUGUUGAUGAAUAGAAA